UGUUUCUAUUAAUUCUCGCCUGAAGUAUUUAUACGGCUGAGGUGUAAGGAUGCAGUAUUUGCAAUAUGUGGCUUUGGGUAGGUUUCUAUUUGAUAUCAGCAGUUGUGACAGCUCAGAAUACCGUUCUUUCUGCUAAAGAAAACAAAUUGCCAAAUAAUACCAAAUGUGAUGAGGUGUUACUUAAACUCUGGACGAUAUUUGCUAACCAGUUAUAUGAAAAUGGAGGUGCUGUGAUAGUUCCAAGUCGAGAUCAUAUAAUAUACGCUUUAACAUUGAUCAAGAAAUCUAUAUUAGAUAAAGAAGACGGUGAAAAUGUAGAUGUUAAAGAAAAAUUGUUUCUUCGUGAAGCAGAACUAGCGAAAUACAAAGGAGUUUACUUAUACGACAAUCGGCCUUUACAAGCUUUGCUUGAUCAAGAAUUGAUUACAAAUGCGAAUCAAAAUGUUGGAGUCCAAUCGUCGCAGUAUAAUCUUAACAGUCCUGUAUAUACUAAUCAAUUAAUUGGAUUAAAUCCUAUCGUGAAAGAUUCUACCAGAAAUCGUGAUGAAAAUUUUGCCAAUACGAUAGGUCAGCAGUCUGACCUAAAUACGAUUGACUCAAAUAAAAUACUUCACGCAGUUCAACUCACGAAGGAGACAAAUCAUCUUCUUGGGAGCGAUUAUACAGCUGACUUAGAUCAUGUAAAGGGGGUUGCUGAUAAAAUGAACAAAUUAUACGAAUCAAGCAAUGAGUAUAAAUAUAGUUUGAAGUCUCAGCAACCUCUUCGUAAUCUUAAUGAGAAUUAUGUAGCCGCCAGCGUAGGGGUAGUGGAUACUCCUUGGGUGUCAUCUUUUUAUUCUAAGCCUGCUGUCGUGCAAGCUAGCUAUGUAGCACAAAGUCACUCACAUACAAAUAACAUCAAUCAUGAUCGCGAUAUUAGCCAGCCGAAUAUCUUGUAUAAUAUACCGACACAAGACAGGCACAAUAACGCUGUUAACCAAUCCUAUACAUUAAUCGCGAAUGCAAUGCAAUCGAAUGCAAAUGGAUUUAAAAACGCUAUACUAAACCCAGAAUCUACAAAUCAAUUCAAUUUUGUCAAUGCUAAAUACCACCCUAAUCCUGCUCAUUUUGGUGAAGCAACGAAAAAAGUAUUACCAAGUAAUCCUCUUAUAACUAGUAAGGCAUAUGCCCAAACGUUUGUUGCCCCUAUGCUAAAAUAUAACAUGCAUAAAUAUCCUUAUUACCAAAAUAAAAAUGUAGGACAAAUCCUGCAAUAUACACCUCAAAACAUGGCUCAAUUUUCAGACGUCAUUCCAAUAAAAACAAAUGUAAACCAACGACUGUAUGUACCAAAUAACCGUUUAAAUUACAAUGUCUACUCUUCACUAAACCCUUACUCUUCGAAAAACCGGAAUUAUCUUCUAAGUAAUGCAUAUAAACAAAGUCAAAAUCAACCCUACAUUUAUAUUCCCUAUACUAAUAAAUAUAACCCUGUAGUUGCAGUAAGGCCAAAUAAUACAAACGUGAAUAAUGUCUUUCAACAAUCAGGUAUGAAUACACAGAAUAGUAUCUAUACAAUGCAAAACUACUUAAAACAGAACUCUCCCAACAGUGCUUUAAGUAAUACAAUCAUACAUAACAUUCCACACCUUCAAACUGUCAAUGAAAACGCAGUUAAUAGACCUUCACCACUCUACACGUAUAUCACGAGGUAUUUUAAUAAUAACAAACUUAACACACAACAAACUUUAAAUUACUACAACGAUCAAAUGGUUAUCGAUAAGCUGGCAAAUUGGAUUAGUGGAACGAAUUCAGCGAAAUUAAAUUCAAAUAUCGACGCUGAUGCUGAGAUAGAACUGACGUACAAAGUGAAUAAUCCACCUCCUUCAUACCGCCCAUCGGUUUACUACGUUAAAUUCCGAAUGCCAUACAAUGCAUUUGCUAAACACUUAGCUGAAUUAUUAAAAAUGCAGAACUUAAGAUCAGCUUCAACAAACACAGAUUUGUACAAUGAUUUGGCGUCACAAUACAAUGCUACAGUAAUACCAACAGAUAUUGGAAUGGAUGGAAUUCCCGAAGAUACAAAAACUCCGGAAGAAAAGUUUUUAGUUAGAGCGAGAUACAUCCAACCGGAUGAAUCAGGUAAUGACAAUUCAAACUCAGUAGAUAUUAUUAAUUUGGUCAGAGAAGCAGAACCGAUUAAUGCAAAUGUUGAGAAUCCUAUUAACAAUGUAGAAAGUAAUGACCAAAUGCCAUUGCAAGGUGUGUAAUGCCAGUUAUGCAGAAAAGAACUAGUGCGAUUGUCUCGAUUCCUAUAGUUAUUGAAGAAAUUGUCAACGAAUUGAAUAAAAUACGCCAUGCUGACUAAUAAUUUAUAGAUAUCGUGUUUA